AUGGCUAAUAUUAUAGUGUUUGGUGAUAAAUUGUCCAAUGCUUUAUUUUCAAAGUGUAUAUAUUACGGUGCCUUCAAUAAAAGAUUUUAUUCAAAGGUGAAUCAAAUGAAAUUGGCUGCAGUAGAUAAGAGAAUAAGAAUUCUUGCAGCCAAUUAAGUUGGAUUGGAAUAGAAUUUGUUCAUAAUGUUGCCUUAGAGUUCCAAAAUGAUUCCCUCUGAAUACAAAGUGAUCAUCAACCCUAAGAUUCUCAAGAUCUCAAACGAGGUCAUAGAAAACACUGAAGAAUCCAUUAGUUUUCCUUAAUUUAAAGCCAAAGUCAAUAGAUAUAAAACUAUCUUCGUUUCUUAUGAUGACAAGAAAGGUAAAACAGUAGAAGAGGAAUUAAAAGGAUUGGAAUCAAUUUGGUAUCAGCAGGCAAUAGAUUAAGUGAUGGGAAUUCCAUGUAUAAGUUGGAUUGCAUCAUAAGGAAAAGUUGAAUUGAAACCAGAAUAUUAAAAGUAAGCAGAAUUGAAUCCAGGAUUUCUUAAGGCUUUUAAGGAGUAUGUAGAUGUUGGAUAGUAGUAGAAAUAUUAGGAGAGAAAUCUUUACAGUGUGAAUCCCUAAGAUGAAAGAGAAGAUUACGCUUUACAAGGUCCGACUCAUUAACCACAUAAUUAUGAACUUUAUGAAAAAUUAUUGAGAAAUUUAGAGAAUGAAUUAUUUUAUACUUUUUGA